UUUCUCCAUCAGGUUAUCAGCACUGCGUUAUCAGUGUGGGGUUUGGAGCUGACUCUCUUCAACAGUCGAGAGUACCAGAGGCUUAUGAUAAACCCAAUAAAUGAAAAGGCAUUUAUAUGCAACUACAUGGAGCACUGGUUUACAAUACGAAAACUUGGGCAACAGUGGUUUAAUCUGAAUUUGUUAUUGACUGGACCAGAGCUGAUAUCAGACACAUACCUAGCCCUCUUCCUUGCACAGUUACAGCAAGAAGGGUAUUCCAUAUUUGUGAUCCGUGGAAAUCUCCCAGGGUGUGACGCAGAGCAGAUACUGGGGAUCAUGAAGGUGCAGCAGCAAGAGAGACCAAAGCUGAUUGGAGAGAAUGAGGCUCAGUCGAGUAGUGGCAUGGGCAGGUCAUCAGGGCAGGGUAGUGUGCUGGAGACAGGCCCUGGCGUGGAAGAGGGGGUGGUGGAAGAGAAUGAGGAGGAGCUGAGGAAGGCCCUGGCCCUGAGUACACAGGACAUGGAGGUGGAGGAUGAAGAGGCUGACCUUCGCAGGGCCAUACAGCUCAGCAUGCAGGGUAAGGCUAUAUUGGGGCCAGUAAUGAACGAUAAGUCAAUGUCGAAAAGGGGGCUUGUUGCCAAGACAACAUCGUCAGACCAGGCACCAGGGAGUAUUGCAGGGGGAGCACCUCAGAGUGAGAAACUCUCAGCCGAGGAACUGCGAAGGAGGAGACAAGCCUACUUUGACAGACAGUCCCAACAGCUGGCUCAGCCCACUUCACCGAAACAAUCUACAGAAAGCACAGAAUCCGGGAAGAGUGGCACAGAGGAGGAUGCACAAGCCAAACGCAGACAGUAAGGUGGAGGGAGGUCCAGCAGAAGCCUACGUUGACUACUACCUGCCUUGGCUGGUACCCUCAUCACGGGGAAACCUCAUCCCCUCGAACUCUUCCCAUGAGCGAACAUUAUGGCCGGCCAGAAGGUUGACACGGCUCUCUUGGCUAGUUUGCUGACAGGUUGUAGAGAAGAAAAUAACAACAAUUUUAAAAAGCACUAGUCUCAUCUAACGCAAGUGACGCUGAGGCCAGGAAGAGGGACGAGGCCAGGAAGAGGGACGAUGCAGUUAUUUGAAACCAAUGAUGGCCUUUCUACCACAGCGCCUUCUUUGUCUAACUAUUGCAGGUUGGGGGGGUUUAUUCCUACACAUGUUAUCUUCCUCUGGGAGGGGUCUUAAUGGAGCCUACUGUGCCGAGGUGUGUGUGGUAGAUGGGCACAAUGGUGAGGUGUGUUACAGACAGGAAACCAGGAAUUACCUAAGAUAAUCCUCUAGCCUUCAGUAUGGGAGUGCAACAUGGGACCACUGGUUUGAUAAAGACCAUCAGAGUCUCUUGUCUUCUUUCACUUGGGUCUUGUAAGAGGUCACCAUUUCCCUAGAAAAAACAAAUAAAUGAUUGGUACCCAGUAGUGAGGUGAAGUCAUUGUUAGCUGUAUUAGUGCAUCAUGAAAAUAAACAUGUUAUAUAAACAG